AUGUCUGAAUACGGAUUUGUAAAAAUUGAAAGGGAUGUUGCAAAAGCAGUCCCAAACCCAAAACCACCUACCCCACAACUCAACACUGACUUGCCAAACUCCAAAGUCUCGCAAUAUAUUCUUGAAUAUGCACAAGAGAAAUUACCAACCAAGGUGCUUAACCACUCCUUGCGUGUGUAUUUGUAUUCGAGGGCUAUAAUCAAGGAUCAAUUCCCUGAUUGGAACCUUGAUGAUGAGGUGGUGUUUGUAACCAGCUUAUUGCACGACAUUGGAACUACCGACCAAAACAUGAAAGCUACAAAAAUGUCCUUCGAAUUUUAUGGUGGUUUGCUAUCCCGUGAUUUGGUGUUGAACCAAACUAAGAAUCAGGAUUACGCUGAAGCUGUUAGCGAAGCAAUCAUUAGGCACCAAGAUUUAGGAGAAAGCGGCUACAUUACUACCUUGGGGCUUAUAUUACAAAUUGCUACCACUUUGGACAACAUCGGUGCAAAUACCAACUUGAUCCAUCUCGAUACUUUAGAUGCCGUUAAUAAAAAGUAUGGUCGUGAAGGAUGGGCUACAUGCUUUGGUGGAGCUAUUGAUAACGAAAAUAAAUUAAAACCAUGGGGCCACACUAGUUCCUUGGGAGUGACCGAGUUUAGAGACAGUGUUUUGGGUAAUAAGGUAAAAUACGAGAAGUUGUAA